UGCCUAUACAAGGCUCACACACAAAUCAGUGGCGGAGUGAGCCAUCGUGUUGUUGUCACAUAUCUUUGCAGUGAGCAGGCUCGUAGUACAGUGUGUUCUCCCUGUUCAGCUUUUCUCUCCUUGGUGCCGCAGUACCGGCUGUGUACUAGUCGGUGUUGCUCAGGAGGCACUAAUAGCCAGAUGUUACAGAUGCUGUGGGUUUGAGAAAGGCUCUGGGUCGCUGCCGGGAAGUUAAUACACACUGACAAACGAUGCAAACAGGUCCCAUUAAACUGUGACCAAAGGCAUGUCACAUUUGACCUGCCUGCUGCUGUGCGGCUAGCCUGUCAGCUAAAGUUAGCCACCGACCGCUAGCAGCUGUCUGGCUGUGACACAAAACUUCACUCAAAGAUAAAUAACACCACAAUACAAAGUACACGGUUUAACCGCGGCAGUAUUAAGAGAACUUUCCGACUUCCAUGCGGACUUUGUCCAGUGUCUCCAGCCGCCGUUUGGAGAGGGUUAACUCUAGUUACAGUACCGCAGCUGCAGCCGCUCAGUCAAGGGUCAACAAUGUUACUGUACGGCACCGCACGCCUACUAGGAAGAGGGAAAACUAUGCUCCGUGAUCCGGUUAAGAGGAUUUGCGGAAACAUGUCUUCCUCCUCUGCCUCGGGUAAGAGACUGCGGGUUCUGGUCGACAUGGACGGGGUUCUGGCGGACUUCGAAGGGGGGUUCUUGAAGAAGUAUCGAGCCCGGUACCCGGAGGAACCCCACAUCACCCUAGAAGACAGGAGAGGGUUUUGGGUGUCAGCGCAGUACGGGCAGCUGAGGAGUGACCUGUGUGAAAAAGCCAUCAGUAUCUGGGAGUCCAAGGACUUCUUCAUAGAACUGGAGCCACUGCCAGGAGGAGUGGAGGCGGUCAAGGAGAUGGCCAAGAUGGAUAACACAGAUGUCUUUAUUUGCACCAGUCCAAUAAAACAUUAUAAACACUGCCCGUAUGAGAAGUAUGCCUGGGUAGAGAAACAUUUGGGCCAUGACUUUCUGGAGCGAGUCAUCCUAACCAGAGACAAGACAGUAAUCGCCGGGGACAUCCUCAUCGAUGAUAAGCCUGACAUUCUAGGCGUGGAGCCCAAACCGACGUGGGAGCACGUCCUGUUCACCGCCUGCCACAACAAGCAUCUUUCCAUCAGCCCCUCCCAUAGACGACUCCUGUCUUGGUCGGACGACUGGAGGGCAAUUCUGGACAGCAAAAGGCAGUGAGGAACCCCUUCGCACAUGAGCCCCAGCCCCAGCCCCAGCCCCAGCCGCCUGGCUUCCUGGUUAGUUGAGGACUUGGGGGUCUCUGUGGUAACAUCAUCACAGCACCGGUGGGGGUCGAGACUCAGAGGGAACUCUGUCUCGCAACACCAGAAUUUAUUUCUGAAAAGAUGUAGAGAAAAAUUUUAAGAGGGGAACAAUCAGAGGAAUGAAUAAUAUAAACAGGCUAGAUGUCUUACACAAAGCAGACACUUGUUGCACUCUGUCAGGAGAGGACAUUCACUUGUUUGACCACAAGGGGGCACUCUGAGACUGAGUGUGAAGUGAGCUACCUUUCCACCAACUUUCACUGAAGAAACUGUGACAACAAAACUUGAGGUAAAAGGGCAGAUUGAACUUAUUAUAUACAGCAGGGCACUCCACCACUCACUUAGAUGUACAAAAAAUAGUUUACGUGAGUCGUAGGCACUGUCGAGUAUGUGCAAUACAUAAACAUACUGUAAGAACACACAUUGUUACAUCUGGUCAUCAUUUUACAUGUACUUUCUGGGAGGGUACUUCAUGUGUCCCAAGUCACCAAGUACCACUGUCAUGUAAAUAUAAAUAUAUGUACAGAGAUGUCUCUUAUGGUUUUAAAGAACAGAUGUAGUUACAUUGGUGCUUUUUUAUACGCAGUUCCUCUGUUUCACAAAGAUCUAUGCAUCUUAACUAAUACACCGAUAUAAGAAAAAAAUUGAAUUGCGCACACUGUACAUAUGCAUGUUGCCAAAACCAUCACUAGCGUUGGAUAUGUUAAAAAUAUUAAAGGAAGAAAAGACAUAUUGGGGUUUGUGUAAGAGUUUAUUUUAGAAUUUAACGUUUUAUUUUUAUAUGUUAGAAUGAACCAACACACAAAAAAGAGAAAUGAUUUAUAUUAUAUGUUGUUGUUUGUUUGUUUUACAUGCUCUACUUUCACACAGCCAGUAAAGCUAUUUUGAGCACAAUAAGCAAAACUCUUGCAGUUUGCUCAUUGUAAAUACACUAAAAUGAGAAAGGAGUAUUAACAAUUAUUUAUUUUUUAUUUUAGCAUGUCAUUUGUGAUUUUAAAAUACAAGUGGACUGAAAAAAAAAUAUAUACAUUAUUUUCACAUUUUGAGUCACAUGAGCCACAAAACUGCAUUUGUCUGUUCCUUCUAAGAACUUAUUCUGUCUGAGGUGUGUUUAGCAAGUGAACAUUUUUGGGAAAAAAACUUUCUCUCAGUCAGUUGAAUUGUUCUGUUUUAAGGUCAGUUAAAGGAUAACUCUGGUAUUUUUCAACCUGGACCCUAUUUUCCCAUGUUUUUGUGUCCUAAUGGGAAGAACAAUAUUUGAAUUUGGCCCAGUAUUGAGCAACAAGGCCGCAGCACUCACACGUAAAUAUAUGUUGAAUAAAAGUGUUUUUCCACUGACAGGCUCAGAUUGCUAUUACAAAGUGUCUAAUAGGGUUAUGGAGAGGAUCCCUACAGACAUAGAUCUUUUUUUUGACCAGAAAGAUCCCUAAAAUUGCUUUCUCCAAAAUCACCAGACUCCAUUUAAAUAAACAAUGAUUUUGUCAUCAUAAAAGACACUUCAUUCAAAGUCAAUGGAAACAUAAUAAAACUCACAAAAUACGUCUCAGCUCAUCUUUUCACUGUUCCAACAAUCACCAACUCUGGUUUACUUAAAAAAAAAAACUCAAUCCACACAGUUAGAUGUGUAAAUAUGCUGGCGUCAUACACACUAAAAUUACUGUUUAUUUAAAUGGAGUCUGGUGGGUUUGGCAACAGCAAACGCAGGGCUGUUUCUGGUCAAACAAAAAGGGCCUUACUCUUUAAAAAGAAUGUCUAUCUCUGUAGGGAUCCUUUCCAUAAUGUUGUCAGACACUUAGAAUAACAACCAGAGCCUGUCAGUGGCAAAACACGCAGUUAUAGUAGGCAUACUUUUAGGGUGCAUAUUGCCCUAAGUGAUUACAUUGCAGCCUGUUUCGUGGGUCAGUCCUGGACCAGUUUCAAAUAUUGUUCUUCCCUGCAGUCGCUAAGACACAACAGCAUGGGAAAAUUGAGUCCAGGUUGAAACAUACCGAAGUUACCCUUUAAGACAAACUUUAAGUUUGUUUGAAUCCACUUUCCACUGUCUUUCUAGCAGGUGAGUUACAAGUUUGCCUGUUACUGCUAAUGUGCUCUAUGGGGACAAAGUGGUGGAUGCUGAACAUGUGUUAUGACAUAUGUACUUUGUGCUGUGUUAUUGUGCCUCGUCUGAUGUAGAAAUUCAAACGCUUAUUUGUCUGUCUGUGUCCGUUAAAUGCUGUGCUUUAGUCCACCUUGCUUAGAACACAUACAACAAAAGGAAUAACAGUAUGACCAAAGUGCUUUCGACGGUCCACAUUUUUGGGGUGCAGUCAUGGGUGCAUUUGAUUAUCAUGCUUAGUUUUAAUACUGAGGCUGAAAUUGUCAAAUGUCACAUGAAUUCACAAAUAGCUUUUGGUCAAAGUUAUUAUCGCUCCUUGGUUGACAUUCUGGUGGUCUGACAAAGUGUUACUUAACAUGAUGCCUCUUUGUGCUCUUUGUGAUUUCCUGUCUGCUGAUCAUAUCAGUUAUGAACACAUGAAGAAGCUGCUGAAUAUGAGCAUCAGUCUAGACUGCAGUUUGCCCUCGGUCCAUUUUGUCAUACCCAGAUAGACACAUGAGAAACUGCACACUAUCAAAUGUCAACAUCUGCCUCUAUGUACCCAUGAAUCCUUGUGUUUUUUGCUAAUUAUAUUCCCAAUAAAUUUCACUACAUACUUGAGAAUGACAACCUUGGCCUGUAUCUAUUAAAUUCUUAAGAAUUAAACCAGAGAACGCUGUAAUGGGCCAAUUUAGUUGUAAAAGAAAUCCUCGCUGGACAUGAAAACUAUGAUACUUAGGAAUGUUUAUUCCAAGUUAGGGUCAGCUGGGGAAUUGGAGCCUGCCAAGCUUGCCUUGGAUAAAAGGCAGGAAAACUCCCACUGCAAGUUAUCAUGAGAGAGUAAACAUAGUCACGUUUGUGGGCAGUUUAGAAUUUUCACUUCACAUUGGACUGUGGGAGGAAAUCAAAAUUCAUGGAGGGAACCCAGUAUUUUACAUCCAUCCAGUAUCUCUGGAAUAAAACCCUCGUCCUACACCCUGUUUGUGACCUGGUGCACUUUCAAAGUCUUUCUUUCUUUCUUACCAUACUUCCGACCACCACUUACUGGUCAACUAGGUCAGCUGUGUCUUAAAAGUGCUGGAAGCUCCUGUGGAGGAACUCAUCGGUUCCAUGUGAUCACUCACCUGAUUGCCAAGCUACCUGACAGCAAAAAAACAACCAGUCAACCGUUACACAAACACUGCAUGUGUGUCAGUUGUAUGCCGGCCAUUUUUUGUCAAUGAAUGUCUCAUGUUUGUGGUGCUGAUAAUCAUUUUUGCUGCAGCAUUUAUGGGAGAAAAGAUGUUAAAACACAAUGCAGAAAUGAUAGAUUUAAUAAAGAAUUCUAAAAACUUAAGUUAA